CCGUCCCACGUCCCUGCCAUACCUGCAUACCACAACCACAGCUGCCUCCCAACCACAUUCCUACAGCGCCAUGUCGGAAUUACACAAGGCACUCGAGCAACUAGGUCCCAUUGACUGGGCCGACGUGCCACAGGACGACAAUAGCCUUAACCCAUGGAUGAAGAAGCUCUUCGAAACGGGUGAACUCAUCUGCAAUUCAGUCCCUCCGCCCGCUGGCGGUAAUGAUUUCGAGCAAUCGCAACCUACCCAGCCCAAGCCCGAUACGGCAAAGUCCUCGAAAGAAGUCGUCAACUCGGACGCCCGCCCUGUCGCUCCACACCCUGAACACGGCGACCUGCAGAAGUCAUGGGGGAAGCCCAUCAAGCUAGGAGCCAAGGAGAACCCGCUUGGUAUCUCCGUCUACAAGAUGGCCGCAAAAGACAGACACGGUGCAUGGUUUGCCCGUAGACAGGUGCUCGAAGGCAUCUCCAUCACAAAGGUUCGAAGAGCCAUGCAGCGCGAGUUCGCAGAGUCUCUCGCCCAGUCCGGUGGCCCCGGAGCCGGCAACGUACGCGGCAUUGGCGGCGACCGCAGGCUAGACAAGAAGGAGCCUGGCGACGUGGGCAAGCUCGAAGCCCUUCAACUCAGCGCCCAAUUCCCUGGCCCCACCACCCCCAGAGAAUUCAUCACCCUCCUCUUGACCUCGGAGAAUGCUUUGUCAAACAAGACUACCCAGGACAAGCACCCCAUCCCGAGACACUACAUGGUCAUCUCAAAGCCGCUUACACACCCCGAAGCCUCUGAUCGUGAAGGCUACGUCAAGGGUACAUACGAGUCGGUCGAGAUGAUUCGAGAGAUCCCUCUGAACCCAGCACCCGAGAAAGAGGAUGACGCCAAGGGUGACAAGCACGAGCUCAACCCUGUCGAGUGGAUCAUGAUCACCCGUAGUGACCCUGGCGGUGGUAUCCCUCGCUUCAUGGUCGAAAGAGGCACUCCCGGCUCCAUUGCCGCCGAUGUCUCCAAGUUCUUGGACUGGGCCUGCCCAAAGGAUGAGAUCCCCGACGCAGAUGCUGAUGAGGAUAAGCAACAGGAGGCUCAAAGCCAGACUGCCAAACAAAAGACUCCUCCAGCUGCUCCUCAGCAGAACGCACAAGCACAGCCCGCACAGCAGCAAGGCGGUAUUAUCGCUUCUCUCACAGGUGCCGUUGAGGCUGGCAUCGAGGCCUACGCUCCAGCAUCAGUCGCCAACUACACACACGCCUACAUGCACCCCGAGGACGACACUUCGGACUCGUCGUCAUCUUCAGACUCCUCGGACGCCGCCUCAUUCGCCUCGGCUAGAGACCAUCACGACCUAGGCGAUCAUCCUGCAGAGAAGCCCGCUCACGGUGGCACCGCUGUCGCCGCUUCUACAGACACAUUAGGCGCCACUUCGACAACUUCAUCAACAACUCUACCGAUGGGAAGCUCACCCCACGACAAAGAGCUUCGCAAGAUCGACAAAGAUCGCGCGAAGAUUGAAGCAAAGAUUCACAAGAAGCAAGACGCCGAAGCAGUCAAACUCGCCAGUCAUAAAGAGAAGGACCCCGAAGAUGUUGCCAAGUAUCAAGAAAAGUAUGAUACCGCAAUGGCCAAACUACAAGAGAAGCGUGAAAAGGAACUCGCCAAACUCGAGCAUAAGCGUGAAAAGGAGAUCUCCAAAGCACAGAGAAAGAGAAGCGUCCAGUUGAACAGGGACGAGGCCAGUAGAGUUGCCAGAGAAAGAGAUGACUUCAGACAUCAAGUUGAUCUGCUGAAGAGAGAAAACGGUAUGCUUAGAGAGCAAAUGGCCGACCUAGAGCGCGAGAACACCAUUCUCGUCGAGAAAGUGAACAAGAUUGGUGGAGUUGGUGCACUCCAGGACAUCAAGAGCGAAGUCCAGCAUUGAGUUCUUACGACGGUUUCUGACAUUGCUUGUUAUUCUUCUUACGAAGUUCACGUUUCGUUUUCGUUUUCGUUUUUCUAUUCCAUACAUAUGUACACGCGAGGCAAAGACAUGAGGAGAGGUCUUUUAAUGUUCAUUCUUUGCAAAUACAGGAUAGACUAUUGUGAUCUAGACAAACGUGAGGGGCUCUCAAUGGUGACUUGAACCAUUGCAAAAACACUGUGCCUUGUCGUAGCUAUCCGACACUUUAGUGUAGCAGGUAGACUUGUGAAUUGACAGUGCAGUUGACCGUC